AUGUCAGAGGCGGGGGGCACAGACCGGGCGCGGGCCGCCGUGGCGCGGCUCUCGGAGGCGGUGGGCGAGCAGCGGCGGCGGCUGGGCACCGCUAUGGGUGAGGCGCGGCGGCAGCGGCGGCUGCUGCUGGUGGUGGUGUGCGUGGCUCUGCUGCUGGACAACAUGCUCUACAUGGUCAUCGUGCCCAUCAUCCCCGACUACAUCGCGGCCAUGCGCGGCCGGGGAGAUGCUACCGGCCCGUCCGCGCCCGUGUGGGGCAACGAGAGCGGCGGCGGCGGCGGCAGCAAUCGGAGCCUCCUGCCGGCGCGGUACCCGCCGGCCACGGGAGGCAACGAGGACGUGCAGAUCGGGGUGCUGUUCGCCUCCAAGGCUAUCCUACAGCUGUUGGUGAACCCGCUCAGCGGCACCCUCAUCGACCGCGUGGGCUACGAGGUGCCGCUGCUGGCCGGGCUGGCCGUUUUGUUCCUCUCCACCACCACCUUCGCCUUCGCGGAGAACUACGCGACGCUGUUCGCGGCGCGCAGCCUGCAGGGGCUAGGCUCGGCCUUCGCCGACACGGCCGGCAUCGCCCUCAUCGCCGACCGCUACGCCGAGGAGCCGGCGCGGAGCCGCGCCCUAGGCACGGCGCUGGCCUGCAUCUCCUUUGGCAGCCUCGCCGCCCCUCCCUUCGGCGGCGUCCUCUACGAGUUCGCCGGCAAGCGGGUGCCCUUCCUGGUGCUGGCCUGCGUCUGCCUACUCGACGGGCUGCUGCUGCUGACGCUGGCACCGCCCUGCGCCGCCGGGGCACGGGCCAACAUGCCCGUCGGCACCCCCAUCCACCGCCUCAUGGUCGACCCUUACAUCGCCGUGGUAGCAGGGGCCCUGACCACCUGCAAUAUCCCCCUGGCCUUCCUGGAGCCCACCAUCGCCAACUGGAUGGAGGAGUCCAUGGGAGCCAGCGAGUGGGAGGUGGGCCUCACCUGGCUGCCCGCCUUCUUCCCCCACGUGCUGGGCGUCUACGUCACUGUCCGGCUGGCUGCUGCGUACCCCCACCUCCAGUGGUUUUAUGGGGCCCUAGGCAUGGCCAUCAUUGGUGCCAGCUCCUGCCUGGUGCCAGCCUGCAGGAAUUUUGGACAGGUCAUCAUUCCCCUCUGUGGCAUCUGCUUUGGCAUCGCCCUGGUGGACACAGCCCUGCUGCCCACCCUGGCCUUUCUGGUGGAUGUGCGCCACGUCUCUGUCUACGGCAGCGUCUAUGCCAUAGCAGACAUCUCCUACUGUGUGGCGUACGCCCUGGGGCCCAUCGUGGCUGGGCAGAUUGUGCACACCAUGGGCUUUGCACAGCUCAACCUGGGCAUGGGGCUUGCCAAUGUACUUUAUGCCCCUGUCCUUCUUUUCCUCAAAAACGUCUGCCAAAUGAAACCCUCUCACUCAGAAAGGAACAUCCUCCUUGAAGAAGGACCCAAGGGACUCUAUGACACCAUAAAAAUGGAAGAGCACAAGGGCAUGGGCAAAAGCCUCCGGCCAGUGGGAGAGACAGAAGAGAAUGGUAUGGACUCCUACCACAGAGACCUGACAGGAGUGUCCGAGGACUCAUCAGAUUAUGAGUACAGUUAGGUUUCCCCAUGCAGCCCAGCCCCAGCAGCAAGCAUGUGGGAGAGAGGGAAAGGGGAGAUGAAAGCAUUAUUGCAUUAUGUUUCUCUACCAACGUGCAAUAUAUACAGUUUAAUCUUUGUCAUGAUGUGAUGGCUUCCUUCUUCUAGACUUAUUUUUAAUCACAUUUUCUUCGGCAUUCUGGCAUGGUGGAGGGUGUGAGGAAUGGGGGGGGCAAGCUUUAAGAAAAUUGCUUGAAUAAAUCUUUGGCAUAAAUCUGGGGGGGAUCCUUCCAAAAGAACCACCACCACCAAGACAGAACAAAAGCCCCAACAGCCUUGUAGCUGGGAUAUAAUUGUGCAAAGUUUUCUCAAGCUGAAACUGCGUGUGAUAUACUGUAUAUCUCUGUAAAAAUAUAUAAGAAAAGCAAAAAAGUGUUUGUAAAAUUUUGAAUGGUAUAUUCACGGACUUAGUAAAUCUUGUGUACAUAUCCUUAGAUUUUCAGUUGGAUUCGUAUAUUUAAGAAGAGCAACAACUAUCACAUCUUAUUCUUCCUUGGGAAUAAACUGAAGUAUUGUACUUUUUCUUUCUCUCUUGUGCUGCUCUCUGGUAAGUGCAAUAUGCUGCAUUAUGUUGAAGUCCAAACUACAAGAAUAAUACAAUCUGAAUAAAUGGAAUUG